AUGCGGAUAUUGAUUCCUUUACUAACAAGAGCAAGGAUUACAUUCAAUGAUUUAUCCAUAGCUGAUGAGAAAUCUCAAUCGAUUCCAAAUAUGUAUAGAAGGUUGGAAUGGAAUAAAAUUUAUUAUGCACAUGUAUUACAUCUGAACGAGAAGCUUCCGAAAAGUGUAGAUGUCACUUCUGUUACAUCUGGCAAUAGUCUACAUGUAGCCUGGUUCUCGAAAAACGCAUGGAUUAGCGGUGAAAAUUUAAAUGAAACAUUUACUUUUGUUUCUCUUACUGCAUAUGGUGCUUGGAAUGAUGAUAUGCAAUUAAUGGUUACAAUACAUCGAAAUUCAGCACUGAUCUACACAUAUACAACAACUUAUUCUUUUUGA